UCUAUCCAAUAAGAAAUAAAUACGAACCAUUUGCAAACAAAAUAUAAGUUGUUAUACUUUCGAUCGGUAAUUGUUUAUCUGUUCAUUUUAGACUUAUAACGCAACGGCAAUGGAAGCCUCGUCUUCGAUGAUCCCAAUGGAGGAUGAUUCGGACUGCGAUCGAGUCGAUACCACAACCAAAGAGUCCGAUAGGAAGAAAAGUUCAAUCCCAUCUAACAACCGAACCUUUCGCCGUCAUCUGGAUGCGGCCUUCCAGAAGCAUGGUUCGCAAUUACCGGACCAGAUUGUGGGUUCACACUACAUUACCAAUUGUAAGCAGUCCGAGGUGGAGCAGUAUGUGAACGAGUUCGCCACCAAAUCCGAGGAAUGUGUCUAUCAGAAGCUGCAAGACUGUGAGGAUUUCGUGCGGGUCACCAACUGGUGUGAAGUGAUGCAUUCGGCUGGUAUGAGGAACUCGAGCAAUAGAGAGCUUCCGCUGGUGCUGAAAACUUUUGCUGCGACCGAACGUUUUCCGGAACCGAGUCAGGCCAAAGGGGUUGAUUUUAAACUGCUGUAUUUGAACCUUUCGAACAUGAUGCUGGGGCAUCCGGUGCAGGAGAUGAACGCCGCAACAGCCAAAGUGCUGAAAGAUGCCUAUGAGGACCUAUUGGCAGAAACAAAAAGGACCGACAACAGAGAAAACACAGCUCUGAUUCGUCCACCUAGUUUCCUCGCGCCGAAACCGUCCUCAGCCGAAAAUCUCACCCAUGAUGGACCGGGUGCGUUCUUCACCGAUCGCAAUUUGAAUCCGCUGCAGAUACCGUUCGACAAACUCUUCCAAAUGGCUCGAAACUGAACGAAGUAUUGUUUUCUUUCAUUGUUAUUGAAUUAAAAGACUGACUACUGAAUAAACCAUUAAAUUCUCAA